GUGAUAUAUAUAUAACGUUACCGCCAGAUAUUUUGUUACCUUUUCAUUAGUGUCGUCAUGAACCACGAUUAUCAUCACUAUCAUCAAAUGGGUGUAUACAGUUUUUAAUUGGUCCAUUUUGUAUUAUAAGUAUAUACAGAAAAUUCGCCUAUCUAUCUAGCCAGAUAUUGUCUGGUCAACAACAGUUAGCGAUGGUAACGUUUCCUGGUUCCAAUGAUAACAGUUUCUCAACAUAUCUACGACAUCAUCUCACAAAAGAAAGAAAAAACUCAGUAAACCGUAUGAUAUAAUUCUUUUUGUAUAAAAGAACGCACUACCUUUUUUUGCCGUAUGUUCUUUCGAUGCUUAAUAUAUUUAGCGUCUUAAUUAAAUACGAAAUAUCGACCGACAAUGAUAAAAGUACACACAUUAGAAACUUGGCAGUUGGCACUGAAAAAAAAAACUGAAGAAAAUUGAAGAAAAUUGUUUAGGGAUUGAUGAUCGUGAGAUUAAAUCAAAAAACUGGUUAGGGAUCGUGAGAUAAAAAAAACACAAUCUUGCAAGCAAAAAACACAAUCGAUGCGGAAAGAUAGAAAACUGUGUAGGUAUCUUUUAAAUUGGACAUCAUCUCAAACUGUUUUGUCCCACCCUGUUUUUCAUGCUUUUUUGCCAAGGUGUUGCUCUCUUUAUUAGAUUAACUUUUGUAAAUCUUCUUUCAUUUUAAUGAUAUUAACGCUAGCAAAAAAAUUGAAGAAAAUUAUCGCAUCUCAAACAGGAAUAUCGUAAAUCGUAUAUAAAUAUAGUUUCAGAGUUUUCCUAGCAUAGUUUCGUCAUAAUGUUUUGAAUUUUUGUUUUUGUUUUUUUUUUCAGAAUAGCUCUUUAGUAAAUGAGCGUGAAUUUUGUAUUUAUUUUUAUUUUAUUUUAUUUAAACUGAACUUGUAGGUGAAAUUGUUUUUUCCUUCCCCAAAAUAGAUUUCAACAUAAAUGAUGCUAAUUGGUGGAAUACAGCAAGAUUCCACAUUUGUGAGUUAAGAGUCUUCUACACGUUCCCAGUUGCUUAAGUUUCCUAAUUCAUGUAAUAGAUUUAUGAUCAGCUUCUUCAACCUCAUCAUCAGAAACACAACCAACCAUCUUAAUACCGCAUGUGCACUAACUAAGACGCACAUAGAAAAGAUAUAUGCAGAUUAGUUGGAAAAAAUAUAAUUUAAUAAUAGUUGUGCAUUUGGGAAAUAGCAUUUUGUUAUAAAAGAUGAUUGUCCAUCCAGUUUCUUCGUGCACUAACUAAGACGCACAUAGAAAAGAUAUAUGCAGAUGGUUAAUAAUAGUUGAAAAAAAAUAUAAUUUAAUAAUACUUGUGCAUUUGGGAAAUAGCAUUUUUUGUUAUAAAAGAUGAUUCCAUCCAGUUUGACCGUCGAUUUGACCUUUCGUCUAUAUAAUCCUAGUUCUCAAUUUUGGCUUUCCUUGGAAUAGAUCGCUACGAUAUAUGGCAACAGACGUUUCCUCGAGUGGAUUUGCAAAAAUCUUAAAACAAAAAUGGCAUACCGAUUUGCUACUCAAGGCAGGAGACAGUAAUGGCUUUGCAGCUAUCUCAGCCCACAAACUCGUUAAUGCGGCAAGAUCUGAGGUAUUCAAGAAGAUGCUGGAAUCAAAAGCGACGAAAGCUUCAUCCGACCAAACGUUAUUUUUCUCAGAGAUGAGACACGAAGAGUUAGAGACUCUAGUUAAGUUCAUGUACAACGAUCACGGAUUAGUUUCUUCUUCAAAACUAAAGAAACAUGUUCGGUCGCUUUAUCUAGCAGCGCAAAGAUACGAGAUUCCUCAUUUAAGGGACUUGUGCAGAAACGAACUUAUAUCGUCUCUCAGUUCUUCCAAUGCACUUGACGAGCUCUCGCAGGUUCCUUUGGACAAACCUCUCACCGAUGCUGUUUUGAGUUUUAUCGCAAGGAAUAUAAAUACAUUUUUGGAUUCUUGUGAGUUCAAGAUGUUUGUUGCCAGAAACCCAAAUCUUGCUGUAGAGAUAACUAAGGCUUUUCUGAAUCCGGUUAUGAUCCCAUCCCAGUCGAAUAUGAGUCUGAUGAUGAUUAUGAUGAUGAUGAUGACGAUGACUACUAAGAUUAGGUAAAAUAACUGCCUAGUGAGGAUUCCUUAAAAUGUUUUCUAUAUUUUUUAUUUCCUAUAAUAAUAGUAAAGGUAGCUAAAACGUUUGGUAAGUUGUAACAAUCUUUUAACCAAGCGCUCGUAGCUUGGUGGUAAAGGAGGUACAGUUGUAUUGCCCGCCAUCCGGGUUCGAGUCUUGGCCACAACAGAUUUAACAUCCCUUCCGUUGGGGCGCUGGACCCCUUUCGGAGGGAUAGUUGGAAAUAUGGCUGCCCAGAUACCAGAAUUAUAAAAAAAAAAAAAAAAGUAAGUUUGCAUGCAUGUCUUCAGAUUCCCAAUCACACAAGAAAACUUGCUUUUGGUAUUAAAUUACCUAGAUAAAUGUAUGCAAACUUCUAUUAACGCAUAUAUACCACUUAAAGGACUAUAAUAAAUUAAAAAGUUAUCUAAUAAUUUAGAAAGAAUGAAAGUAAAGAGUUUAAUAAGUCAGUACCAGAAGUUCUAUCAGAUGUUUUCUGGCAAUGGACAAAAGAUAUGACACAGAGGAUGGUAAGAACAAAUGCAACCGAAAACUUAUUGGUGAUAUGAUAGGGUCUUCUUUUUGCUUCAUAUUCUUCUUUACUGAGGCUGAUCAGAUUUUAUACAUAACAUAAACAUUCAUAAAAUAAUAUCUUUUUGGUCAAAGAUUAAGGGGGGUUAUUGGUAGAAGAAUUCAAGAGGAGUUAUUAAAUUUUGAGAUUUUAUUGUUAUUGGUUUAUGGAUUUUUAAAAUCUAAUUAGAAUCCAUUGUUAUUGGGAUGAUGACUUUUAAAUUCCACUCAAAAUCUUUUGUUAUUGGAAAAGUUUAGUUUUCAUUGAUUUUAAGAUUCUAUUAAAAUCUAUUGUUAUUGGGACGUAAAUUUUCUUUGUUUUUACUCAUAAGACUAAACUUUGAGAAUAUCAUCUAUACCCAUAAGAUUUUUGAAAUCUAUGCAAU